UCUAUGGCGAAAUUUCAAUGAGUAAGAAAUCAGGGAAAUUCCCACAAGUGAGAUAAUUAAGCCAUUCCCAUACAAUUCUACGGACUACAGAGCCGCAGGACUUUUCAAUUAAAGAAUGGCGGAAAAUUGUAUUCAGAAAGCAGGACCCGGAGGUGAUGACUUUCUCCAGCGCUUCAUCGACACAAUGAAAGAAAAGACGGGCCUGGACAUGCAGAAUUACGAUUUCACCGAUGAGUUCAAUCAGACUCUCCAGAAGAUUGGAAACCUGAGAAUGCCUUAUGAAUUUUUUGAUGCCAUCAUAUAUGUUGCCAUCAGACUGAUAACCCUAGGAAUGGAUGAUUUUGAUUUGAUUUCCUUUGUUAAUUCAGUCAUGAAAGCCCUCACUGCCUUCUGGGAAUGGUUCCACAAGAGAUUCACGUCCAAAAUAUUUUAUCUGCUGCUGGCCCUGUGUCCCACACCCCUAAUGAAAAUUGUCAUCGGAGUUAUCUACUUUUUGGUGGACAAUUACGGUAUGAGCUUGUGGAACGAAUACAUCGGUCCGAGGGUUCGCGGCUAUGUGGAAUUCACUGUUAAAAAAAUUCGUGAAAGGAUUGAGCCUUCGUCCACUGACAAACACGAUUAAAUGCUUCCUCGAAAUUAUUAUUCCCCAUUUAAUUUGGCGCCGGAUGGGAGAAUCAUUUUUCUGUUAUUUUUUUAUUAAGUGCAUAUUUCCAAACUUUCAUCAAUAAUCAUGAUAAUACAAUCGUCAUAUCAUACUAGGCGGUAUUUUUUGUACGUUUAAUGAUUUUUACUUUCUAGUAAUUGUAUUUGAGGAUAUAGAAUUAUUUAUUGAAUAAAGAAUUUUAUCUUUAUGUAUUUAA